GGAGAGAGCAGGGUUUCGACGCCCGGGUUGGGACGAAGGAGGAAGGAGCGAGUUUCGGUGCUGAGGCUGAGAAAAUGCAUCACUUCGAAGAGGAGCUAACAUGUUCCAUUUGCUAUAGUAUAUUUGAUGACCCCCGUGUACUGCCAUGCUCUCAUACAUUUUGUCGAAAUUGUUUGGAAAGUGUUCUUCAGCUGUCAGGCACUUUUUCUAUAUGGAGACCUUUAAGGCUUCCACUGAAGUGUCCUAACUGUAGAAGCAUUGUUGAAAUUCCGCCAACGGGUACAGACUCUUUGCCUGUAAAUUAUGCAUUAAAAGCCAUCAUUGAAAAAUAUCAGCGGGAGGACCAUCCAGAUGUUGCUACAUGUACUGAACAUUAUAGGCAGCCAUUAAAUGUUUACUGUCUUCUAGACAGAAAAUUAGUGUGUGGCCAGUGUCUUACAAUAGGAAACCAUCAUGGCCAUCCUAUUGACGAUCUUCAAAGUGCCUACAUGAAAGAAAAAGACACACCCAGCAAGAUGCUUGAUGAGCUGACUGAUAAGCACUGGAGUGAAAUAUGUUUGCGUAUUGAAUACCUGGAGGAACAGAAAGCUGAAUAUGAAAGCAUUGUUCAACAGGAUAAAAAAACUGUGUUGCAGUAUUUUAAAAGGCUUAGCGAUUCGCUUGAACAUAAAAAACAAGCUUUGCUUGCAGCUUUGGAUGAAGUAAACAUGCAGAUAACAGCAGAAUACGAACCUCGCAUUGAAAACCUGAAAGCAGUACGAGAAGAACAACUAGACCUUAUGUCACUCAAUAACCUUAUUCAGAAUGAAGAAUCUCCCCUUUUGUUUCUAGAAAAGGUUGAGGAUAUACGUCAGCGUGUUAAAGCAUUGAAGAAAAAACCUUUAUUCGAUAUUCCAUCUGUUGAAAUCUAUCCACGAAUAGAGCAAGUGUUGGAAGAUGUGUGGAGCAAAAGUGAAAUCAGUCUGGUCAACAACAUUCUCACUCCUAAAAUAAAACUGAUUUCAAAAGAAAAAGCUCGUUACACUGGCCAUGGACAGAAAAAUAGAUCAUCUAAACAAAGUUUGUGGCCCUUAGAACUUUGGGGACUUCUAUUGAUUUUUUUGGUACUGGCUAUUGUUUACUAUGGACAACAUUUAUUGUCAUUUAUAAAUAAAGUGGCCUUUCCAUAUGUUCUCAGUGCCUUUCAAACAAUUUAUCAAGACACAAGUAAGAGAUUGCAGGUAGCCGUGGAAACUUUGUGGCACACUUCUAACCUUUUUCUUGAAUAUCUAUAUAGUGUGCCCUCUCCCAUGUGAAUACUGUUGUCUUAAGCAAAAGAGACCUUAUGGAGCGUUAAAUGGAUUUUUAGCCUUAAUAUGAUAACACUGAAAGAUAGAGUGAUUGGCAGCUGGUUCAAACUGACAUUUUCAGAGAGAUAGGGCUAUUCAUUUCAGCAUAAAAAGGAAAACAAUAAGGAAAAUGAGAAAUAUGCAAAUUGUGAUCCAUUAAACCGUUCUGUCUUUCUGUACCUCUAACAUAUCCAACUCCUAGGUCUGAAGAAAUGGACUGAUAGCAAUAAAUAAAAUUCAUGCUAAAAAUAGCAGUCACAUAGAUGUUGUAGCUUUUCCUGUUUAUGCUCAAACUGAAGUUAUCCUAGAAUGGCAAAUGUAUACUGUAUAUAAGCAUCAGUAUUUAGUAUAAAGAUCAAUUUUGGUUAAGAAAUGGAAUCAUCUUAUUUGCAUUUCUAAUCCUCUUGCAAAUAUGUCUACAAACAGGUAAGAGCAAAGAGGGGCAAGCUAUGACCCUCCAGAUAUUUUUGAAAUGAAAAUAUUCACCAAAGGUUAAGCUACGGAUUGAUGAAUUGUAGUCUGACAAUAUCUGGAAAGCAGCCACUUGCCCACUACUAGAAUUAGGGCAUGUAGGCCAAUGGAGAUGCAGGCCAGAUUGUGAUUUGUCAUGAUAUCCACAGCUGUACUAUCUUGUGCUGCCUUCUCCUCUGUCCUUUAAAUUUUUGAACACCUUUCUUUCCUAUGAAAAAUAUCAGAAAUAGUAACAUAGUUGCAAAUGGAUCUAAGCAUUCUUUAACAGUUUAGAAAAUUUCUUUUGGUUAUUGGUGUUUAAUAUCAAGCAUCAAAGACUCAAAA